UUGAUUGACUGAUUCCCAAUAUGGCCACCUAGACGCCAAAAUCGUCUAUUUUUAAGUCCUUGGUACGUCGAAUUCGCACCCAGUAAGCAAACAGCAAUUCUUCAAAGGUUUGUCUUUUAGUUUGUGCGAAUUGGAAACGUAAAAGAUUUGUCUAAAGUCCUUUAGUUUAUCGCGUGACGUAGUCCUGCUUUCUGGCGUGUUUAUACUUUGGAUGGUUUGAUAUGCGAUAUCUUGUGCAAAAAUGAAUAGCGAAGCUAAUGACAGUACGGAUGCAGGAGUGAGUAACGAAGACACAGACACAGUGGAAUCCAUCACAGAAACAUCGGGCGAGAGUCGGACAGAAAGAAUUCGAAGACUGAAUAGAGAAAGACAGCGACGAAGGCGCGAAAAACUAAGGAUGUCACGCCAGAGUGAAGCGCCAUCGACAACCAGUAACGACGUGGACCCAAGCCAUGAUCUUGAGGUUCUGUCUGAGGGCUGUGCGAUUGUAGAAGUAAUGCUACCUCUGAAAGUCGAGACAGAAGUACCAGAAGAAAUAGAUAAAGAAAGUUCGAAAGCUACGAGACCGAAGCGAUCUACGAGAACGAGGCAAAAAUCGCGAAAGGAAGGCGCAACUGAGCAAAUUUCAUCCGAUACCGUCUCAUCAGCAAACAACGCCAUUUCACCACCAUGUCACGACAAUAACUCAAGAUUUGACGGCGCUUCAGACGAGAGCAGCGUUCUUGUUGUCGCCAGUGAGGUGGAAGUAAUCGAUGAAAAACCUCAAGAAAACGGAACCGAAGAAACUACGGAAAUUUCAGAAACAAAAGCAGACGGGAAGAAGCGGCGAACGCGAGAACCGAAGAGACACACUGAAAAAUCACCCGAAGACGUCGCGACAAAGCGGGUAUUUAGAGAGCGUGAAAAGAAGAAAAUGCAGGGGAAUAACGAUGAGGUCACGGCAAGAAGAGAAAAACAACGCGAGUUAAAAAGGAAGCAGAAAGAAAGGAUGAGUAGCGACCAAAUUGAAGCGCUGAGGGCGAGAUAUCGGGAAUGGAGGCGAAAACGAAAGGAAACCAUGACAAGCGAGCAAUUGGAGAUAAUACGCAAAGGAAACCGUGAACGACAGCGAAGACGGCGUGAGCGGUUAGGAAUCAGAAAGCGGUCAACAACCCCUCAGGCCAAGGGAGUCAGCGAAGCAGUCAUACAAGGCAUCAAAAACAAGCAAGCACAAGUUCUAAAACCAAUGGAAUCGAGUCUUAGUCCCGAGGCAAGUCUUGUAGCAGCGGUAAACAAGGUCGCUUCGCUGAACAGCGUCGAGGCAGCCGCAGCGACCGCCGCUCUUAUGCCAAAUCCUUCUCGCGUCGAAGGACCGGUCGCUGUCACACUAGAAGUAAAUCCAGCUGCUACUGGAAUGGCACCUAGUGUCAUUCAGAACACCCAGCCCAUUUCACAACCGCCUUCAUCAACAUCUCAGCUCGUAAGUCUUCCUGUCACAUCUACAAAUGUAACACAAGGUACUUUGCCUCCGGGAAUGCCCGUUCUUGGUCCUCAGGGAACUAUUCUUCAAGGGCUACCACCGGGAUCUGGUGCUCUUUACAGCAUGACAAUGCCAGGGAUUCAAGGAACUUUGUUACCUGGGAUUCCUGUUACUGCAGGACAACCUUUACCAGGUGUACAGGGAAGCACUGUCACUGGAAUGCCUUUCUCUGGAAUGCAAGGACUUGUGCCAGGCAUGUCUCAAAGUGCAUUUUUGUCAGCUUCACAAGGUGGAGUCCUUCCUGGGAUGCAAACAUUUAGUAGUAUGGCACCAACUAUGACCAAGGAUGGCCAAAUCUUGCACAGCAUCUCUACCCUUCUUCCUAUUGCUCCAAUGCAAGGUAUCCAAGGAACUGGUCAAGGUGUUGCAUUCCUUGCUCCUAUGCCCAUGACUGGACCUGCUGCUCAAGUUCAAGCUUUUCAAGAUAUUAGAGGUGCAGUGGCCACUCCGAUAAGAACUGCUAGUCCUGGCAUCAGCACCACAGUGGCAUCAGUUCCAAUAGCAGACAGUGUUACAGCAGAAACAGUGGCUGUUGUGCAACCAGGGGAUGGAAGUGACCCUGCUGGAACAGACCCCAAAAAUAAAAAUGCAAGCUCUCCAAAACCAAAGGGAAGAAGAGGAAGGAAAAGAACCACUUCUGCUGCAGAAAUGUUAGCAAACCUGAGCAACUUACCUCCAACUAGCACACCAAUGUCAUCCAUGCUAUCAGCAUUGGCUUCUCAGUUAAGAGGUAAUACACCCACUGGGGUAACAGACAAGGAAGGGGAGCCUCCAGCCAAGAGAGGUACUGUGGAAGCCAAUCAGAUUGCUGUCAUGCCCAGAGCACCGACUCAUCAAGACUCCAGUCCAGGGGCAGUGGCCAUUGGGAGUGAAGCUGCUGGCCAUGCGAGACCUAGUGUGGUGAACCAUCCAGAAAUGCAAGCGACAUUUCCUUCUUCAAGCACAAAUGCCAAGAUUCCCCAUAUGAGUACCUUUCUCAAUACCAUGAGUGGAAGUUCAAUUCCAAACAUGGGAGUGCCAUUUGCUACUGCCACAAACCUAGCAAGGCCUAUUAAUAGCUUCCCUCCUAACAUACAGGCAAUACCUGGUCAGUUUUUCCCAUCCAGGGUUUCUGUUGCUGUGGAGACAGAAGAAAUAAGAAAAACAACAGUUGGUACUAACACUGAAAACAGCCAACAUUUAUCAGCUGGUGGCAUCGACCAGUCUGCUGUUAUGUCAUCGGUAGGUACCAUGACUGACUCAUUGUACAAAGUGUCUGUGGGUACUGGGACUGCUGGAACAGGGCAGCCUAAUGGACAAUCAGUUGUUACUGCUAUGGGUGAAAGCCAUCCAAAUAUAGUGGAAAAGACUGCAACUGGACAAGAACUUAACCAAGAAAAACCAUGUCAAGCUGUGGUGAAUGUUACGGAAAUUAACCCAGCAGAAAUACUCCAGGAGGCGUUACAUCAAGGUCAGAUUACCCAAGAGGUCAUGAUUCAAGAAGAGGUGGUGGAGGAAGUUGUUGGAGUCUCUCCAGAAGUGGCCAAGAUUACGCCUAUAGGAGAUGGUAUUUAACAUUUACAUUGAGCUGUUAUAGCUCCACAAUAAACAGUGGUUUGUCUACACCUUAACACGGUCAAGUCUUUGCAUGUACUUUAGUUACUAACAUAAUUAUUGUAGACUGGGAUUUCGUUUUCAUCUGGGGUUAACCAUAGUGGGAAAUAGAAAAAAAGAGAGAGAGACUCAGAGUUGACUGAAAGUUCUCAAGAGCCUAGCUCUAACACUAUUUCAUGUGAAAAGAAAGAGUUGCUCACAGUAGCAUGGAUCCGAAACUUUGCAGAUUGGAAGCCCUAUUGAGUAGCUAUUCUGAGUAUCAGGCAUUCUAUGUUCUACAUGUGCAUUGACAUACAUGAGAUCUUAUUUCAAACUUUUGGCUCUCAGUCAGGUAGAGUUCAAAUCUUUUUUGCAGGCGAAAGACAAAGCAUGGUGUUAUUUUGACUGUUAAGUGUGAAUUAACUUGUGGAACACAUUAAGCCUUACUCAGAGAGCUAGAGCACUGGCUGUUUGGUGAUCUAGUAGUUUAAAACAUAAAUGUUUGAGAAGAUUAUAUUUCAUUUCAAACUGAUAUUGUAAUGGCAGUGAGCAAAGGCAGAAAGGCAGCUUAAAGCAGAUUCUAUAUUACUAUAUAUACUUGUUCAAGGACUCGUUAUCAUUAAAGCAAUGCCUAUUGCUUAUGUAAAAAUUAAGGCCUCAACUUAGGUGAUAACUUGGAACAACAAGGCAAUGUGAAAAUUGAUUUGAUUUGGUUUAAAAAAAAGUAGAGAAUUAGAAUUCUUUAAAUCAAAAAUAUGUUUGGGAAACAGAUUUUGCAUAGCAACAAAAUAGCGUGUCGAGUUAUGAAGUACAAUUAUCUGUGUUUGGAAGACAUCACAAUUCAAGCCUGGUUUUGUGCAGUUUGAUGACUAUUUUAUCCAAGACAGAUGGAUAUUAACCUCUGUUGCAACUGUAUCAUUUUAUUUCAUGCAAGAUAUACCCAAGUGUAUUUAGCAUGCAAAAUGCAUUCUAUUACAUUUCAUGUUAUAUAUCCAUGCAAUUUUUUAAAGAAAUCUCAAUCUGUGAUAGUUUGGGUUGAUUGAAGUAGUUUAAUGGGUCACAGCAGUCUUUUUCGUAACAAUCUAGGGUGAUAUUUGUAUAUUUUAGUCUGUGGUAAUCAUUAAUGAAUCUUUAAUAACCUUGUAGGUUUCAGUGUGUUGAUCAAACAUUGAUUGUCUUUAUUAUUUGUUACUAUUGAUUUUUUAUGACAAGGUGUUUUAACACAUUUGAAUCAUAGUGAAAUCAAAGUCAAAGGGUUUAUUGUGAUACAGGCAAAGCCGCUAAAAGUCCAGAUUAUCUCUAAUUAUAUAGUAGAAUAAGCCUUGACAUCAUGCAGGAUUAUGAUAUUUGCUAUAUUACGUAGUUAAAAUUGUACACUGAGAACAUCCUUAGCACUGAAUUAAUGUUGUGAUGCUACUCUGGCAAAACUAUCCAAAAAGUCAUUAGUUUUAUUCAGUGGAAUAUUUUAACCAUUUGGCUGUUUCUUAAAAGUUUUAAAGUUUCUUUGAUGAAUCAAAUGAGUGUUUUUAACCAUGGCUUUCAGUUAGAGAGAGAACACUGACAUUGCUGUAAAUUACUGGAUUAGAUAUAAUUAUAGGAGCAGUAUUAUUGUACAUUUGUAGCUUGCCUGUAUUUAUGUGGCAGUCUUUUUUACAGUGUAAGUCAUAAGAUUGCAGGAGUGUUCUGUAUCACUCUAUUUGGCAGAGUGUAGUCGGAGGCAAGGAGAAAUGGCUGUAUUUGCAUUUAACAAAUAGAGUCAUGUUGCUGUGCAUCUGUUCAGUAAUAGAUCACAGAUGACAUCAAAAUGUGGUAAGAACAAGAAAAUAGCACACGUAACAUAGCUGAGAAAGAUGUUGAUGUUCUUACUGCUUUAUGACAAACUUUGUGAUCUAUUACUUUGCAGACCCUUGUUAAGAUGAGUCUAUAUGUUUUAUAUGAUAAAAAAGCAAAGUGUUGUUUAUGUUGAGGUCAUCUAUGCAUCUGUCCUCCAAUAGAUCACAAGUAAGGACCAUCAAAAUGUGUGUAGGCCUUAGCCUAUAUAAACUUCACAGUGAAGAGAGAAUGUCUAUGCUUCUCUCCCAUUGCAUAUUCUACAGUGUGAUGAAGACUGGCACCAAAAUGGACAGGCUGGCAUCAGUAAGAGCUUAAGUAGUGUUCUUAUUGCCUUCUUAAUAUUGAUAAGAGAGAACUUUGAAUAAUUUUGCUUUCAAGGUUGAUGGUCACAUAAUGACUGUAUUGUUUGUAUGGUACGUAUGAUUUAUUUUAAACACAAUAAUUAUGAUUUAAGUAAACAAAUAUCAAUAGCCAUGUUGUUGUUUUCUCUGUAAUAAGAGUAUUUGUAAGUCGUGUCAUACAGAUUCAUGUUUAUCAUGGGGAAAGUGCAGCCUGCUGUGUUAUUUACAUCGAAUAUUUUGAUUUGGAAAGUAAAGGCUGAGGCUUGGUGUGUUGCACAUAA